AUGUUUACAAGGCUCAGCACUAGGAAUAUUACAGCAUCCAGCACUAGAAACAUUAGAACGCUCUCUACCUCCCCAUCCUCCCUCUCCAAAACCCAAGAUAAAGGCGUCGGUGUGCAGGAGCAGACUACUCCUGGUGGCCCCGACCCAGACGAAGUUGCGCACUCAGACGCUGCCUACGACGGCUCUAGACCUGAUCCUGUGUCCUCUUCCCAGGGCAUUGAACAAGAGACUGGCAAACCUUUUGCAAGCGGCACGACGGCUGCCAACCCACAAGGAAGUCCAGUUGCUUCCAAGCUUGGCGACAAGAACGAGAAACAGUCUGGAAACACCCUCAGCGGAGGUCGUCCACGCACACCAAAGUGA